UGAGGAGGUGCAGCUGCUUGCAAAGAGAACUGCCCCAACUGCGUGAGGUAUGGAAGGACGCCGAUUCACAUCCGAGCUUAUGGGGGAGUAUGACGACGCCAUGGAUUCUGAUCGGUCAGGUGUAGAGGACAUUGCUGGCACUCAGAUGGACCGAGGUGGAGGUGUGSMGCGUGGCUCAGCACGRCAAUGGCCGCGSACGMCGUUCARCAACGAGGGAUUCCAGCCCGGUGCACAACAAUCGCAGUACACAUCGGCUCCACCUUCUAGCCGGGGAGGGCAUGCGGGAGGUGGAGCGGGAGCGGGUGUUCGUGGUUCUUCCUCCUUGUAUGGUCGCCAAGCGGUGCAGAUGCAUGACGAGUCCAUCGGUGUUUACCCGCCCGCCGAACUGCCGUCUAGCGCGCGGGGAGGGGCGGUAGGCAACGACGAUCGGUCUGCUGCAUGGGCACCGGGGAGUUCGCAGGGUAUGGCGCAUUCCCCGUACGGAUCGGUCAUGUCAUGCGGUGUUACAGGUCCACGACGCUCGUCGCCGGGUGGAAGAAUGGAGAACGUCGUGAUGGCCGAUCACGUGGAAAGGCAUGGAGAAAGGACUGCGUUUGCGGUUGAGGGGUGGCAUGGCAAGACAACUGCGAUGCAUCUCGGUGAUGAGGCCGUUGCUUCUUCCACACCUUCUCGGUCAGGGGGGCCUGCAGGCAAUGUCACGGGCAAAAGGACAGCGGACGAUGCUGUCGGCGAAGGUUCAGUCAUGCGGGGCGAUGUCGGUCGAUCGGCGGAGGAUACGGCAUCGGGGCAAAAGAAGCAGCGUGCGAGGAGGGCGCCGAGGGCGGAGGGGGGGAAGAAGAACAACCCGUGGACCUUGGAGGAGCGGAUAGCGUUGGGGAGGACUUGCGUGAAAGACGAUGCCCUCAUGGCCGACGCCAACGGCGUGCAUAAGCACAAGACGCGUGGCAAAAGAUACGAAUGGAUCGCAGAUCGAUUGAAGGAGGAGGGGUACAACAGGACAGCGGAGGACUGCAGGAAGAAGUGGACGAAACUCAAGGAGAUCGUUAGCCAGAUCGGGGACAAGUGCUACAGGUCUGGGGAGGCAGGCUACUUCAACAUGACCACAGAGCAGCGAAGGGAGAAGGACGUCUGCACUACGUUCGAGGAGCCUCUUUGGGAUGCGAUGGAGUGGUGGCGAUUGAAGAAGUCGUACACGUGCGACGCCACUCUCGCUUCAGAGGACCUGGCAGGUGGCGGAGGGAGCGGAUCGGGGCGCAGCGAUGGCGGUAGUGAUGGGGGUGAAGGUGGAGGGGGCAACUUGUCGGGGCAGGGCCAGGGCGGGACUGGACCGGGCCUUGCUGGUGGAGGGAGCCGAUCAGGCGAGAUCGGUGGAGGGAUCGGAACCCGGGAAGGAGGCGUAGGAGGCGGUUCGACGAGGGGUGGGGGUGUCGCAUCUGAUGGCAGUGGCACGGACGCUUCAGACACGAGUGGCAGGUCGCGCAAGACAUCGUCGGGUAGGGUGCGUGGCGACGCACCCGCAUCCUCAUCUUCGACGAGGACAACCAUGGAAGACUCGACGAAAACACUUUGCGAAGGUCUUGACAAGGCUUCCGGAACACAGGCUCGUUCUACAUGCGAGGGAGCGGCUAUGAUGUCCACGAAGAUCGGCGACGUCGCAGUCCAGAUCGGAGCUGUCACGGGUGCCAUGCACGAGGGGAAUGCUGUUCUGCAAAGCCUCGUAGCAGUCAUGGUCGCCAGAUCGUCAAACUCCACACGCGGCAGAGGAGAGAACGACCCGUCAUAAAAGGGACUGGCCGAUGUGGACAGGUGACAGAGCCGUCAUAAAAGGGACUAGCCGAUGUGGACAGGUGUCCAUUAUUUGCCGCCCGCACAUGUG